GGAGCACGCUGGUGACGGAAGCAGGGGUGGUGGAGCACCGAGCGGUCGGGCUGCCGGGCUGAUUGGUUUGGGUGUCUGGACCGUGAAGGUAGCGCUGCUUGUCCCGGGCGGCUACUUUCCUCUAGCUGCCCACAGUCAUAGUGGUUCGCCCAGGACGCAAGGACCCCUCAGCUGGCUUGCUUAGGAGAAGACGCGGCCGCCCGGUACUUGGGACUCGGGCGUCUCGGACUGCUCCUCCUGCCGCUGGGGAACCGCCGGGUUGAGCAGCUGGGAGAAGCAGGCCAGAGCCGUCUAGGGCCUCGGGCCCGGGGACCCGUGGAGGAUGAGCUGGCUCUUUCCCCUGACCAAGAGCGCUUCCUCCUCCGCAGCUGGGUCCCCCGGUGGCCUCACCAGCCUCCAGCAGCAGAAGCAGCGCCUCAUAGAGUCCCUCCGGAAUUCACACUCCAGUAUAGCUGAAAUACAGAAAGAUGUGGAAUACAGGUUGCCAUUCACCGUAAACAACCUGACAAUUAACAUUAAUAUAUUGCUCCCUCCACAGUUUCCUCAGGAAAAACCAGUGAUCAGUGUUUAUCCACCAAUACGACAUCACUUAAUGGAUAAACAAGGAGUCUAUGUUACCUCUCCAUUAGUAAACAACUUUACAAUGCAUUCAGAUCUUGGAAAAAUUAUUCAGAGUCUAUUGGAUGAGUUUUGGAAGAAUCCUCCAGUUUUAGCUCCUUCUUCAACAGCAUUUUCAUACCUAUACAGUAAUCCAAGUGGGAUGCCUCCCUACGCAUCUCAGGGUUUUCCAUUUCUUCCUCCAUAUCCGCCACAAGAAGCUAACAGGACUAUCACUUCUUUGUCUGUGGCUGACACUAUUUCUUCUUCAACAACAAGUUACACAACAGCCAAACCCGCUGCUCCUUCUUUUGGCGUCCUUUCAAAUCUGCCAUUACCUGUUCCCACAACAGACACUUCAGCACCGAUAAGCCAAAAUGGCUUUGGUUACAAGAUGCCGGACGUCCCUGACGCAUUUCCAGAACUCUCAGAACUAAGUGUAUCACAGCUUACAGAUAUGAAUGAACAAGAGGAGAUAUUACUGGAACAAUUUGUGACUUUGCCUCAACUAAAACAGAUAAUUACCGACAAGGAUGACUUAGUAAAAAGUAUUGAAGAGCUAGCAAGAAAAAAUCUUCUUUUGGAGCCCAGCUUGGAAGCCAAAAGGCAAAUUGUUUUAGAUAAGUAUGAGUUGCUUACACAACUGAAAUCUACUUUUGAAAAGAAGAUGCAAAGGCAGCAUGAACUUAGUGAGAGCUGUAGUGCGAGUGCCUUGCAGGCAAGAUUGAAAGUAGCUGCUCAUGAAGCUGAGGAAGAAUCUGAUAAUAUUGCUGAAGAUUUCUUAGAGGGAAAAACCGAAAUAGAUGAUUUUCUCAGUAGCUUCAUGGAAAAGAGAACAAUCUGCCACUGUAGAAGAGCCAAGGAAGAGAAACUUCAACAAGCAAUAACAACGCACAGUCAAUUCCAUGCUCCACUAUAGAUUUUCCUGAAAACCUACCAAGACAGAAAUGACACAAGACUAAUAAGCAAAUUAAUAUGUAUGAUUUGCAAAUUGGUAUUUCAUCACAGUGACUGAAUUCAUAGAUACCCUGUAUAGAUUGUAUACAGAACUGAGACUGAUUUUGUACAGAUUAGAAUGAUUGCUAUGGUCUUUGCUUUGAGAAAUUUUUCUGCACGAUUUGCACUAUAAAUGUUUAUUUAUUGUUGAUAAAUCCUAUCAUAUUUAAGUUUCACUGCUGGCCCUCUGUUAUUAAGUACCUAUGCAUGUGAUUUUAGCUAGUAUCAAUAUUUUAUAAAAAUUGUCUCAUUUAAAUUUAUAUUUUUAAUUUGAAACUGCCUCCUUUCUUUAUCAAGAAUGGUUUGUUUAGAUAUUUUUCCUGUCAACCUUUUUGAAAAAUUACUAUUUUCAACUGUAGAAAGCCUUAUUUUUCCUUAUUUCCAGAUGAUAAAUUUUCAAAAAACAUUUGUUUUUAAAUAUUCAUAAUGUCAGGAAACACCAUGCCUACAAAUGUGCCGUCUCAAAAAGGUAACUUUUAAUAACACUAAAUGAAAAGAAUACAUCAGCUGCUCAUACAUGAUUUAAUUUUUAAAAUUAAAGAUACAUUUAAGAAGCAAUACAAGUAAAUAUAUAUUUUACCUAAUAGAAAAAGAUUGCCUUCCACUUCAUCUAGUCCAACAACCUUUCAUAAUAAUGUUUUUAUAUAAGUAACUAAUAGGUUUGUGAUUGGAUAAUAAUAUACUUUCUAAAUUCCUAAUGUUAAAAACAAUCUUUUUGUUAAUAAGUAGUAAUUCUAGACACAGAAGUCAAUGAAUUCUUUUGAUCUUUACUGUGAGUUAGCUUUUCAUAGAGAACAGCUUUAGUAAUAAUAUUUAACUUUUAGGCAAUCUAGUUUUUAUUUAAUUUUAUUGAAAAUUCUUUUUAAAUUGUGCUACGUUCAGCAGUUUGCUUCUAUACAAUGUUAUAGAAGGAACACAUUUUAUAGGUAGCUGUGAAAGCUAAUAAACGAGAAAAUCUGGAACUAUAUGUAUCUGAGGCUUUGGUAAGGGUAUCUAAAUCACAAAACAACCUAACACAUAUCUUCGUUUAAAUUUCAUCCCAGUAUGUAUUGUCAUUCCAAAUGCCAGCAUUUGGUACAGUGUUUUUUCUUCAUUCUUUUUCUUUCUCUACAUGUUCUGGCAAUAGAACUUUAGGAAGAAUAAAAUUAUUUUCUUAGACUUGACAAAUACUUAAUUCUUAGUCUGUGUUUAUGGAAAAGCAAGUAUUCAUAUGGACUAUAAAUAUAUAAUUGGAAUAAAUUAACUUUCAUUAA